AUGAAGGCGUUACGGAGAAGCUAUACUUCAACGUCUUCUGGAAAUUCUAAUUCUUCUUCUUCUUCUUCUCCGUUACCAUCUUCUACUUCGUUGCCAUCUUCAUCUUCUUCUUCUUCUGCUACUUCACCUCCUUCUUCUAACUCUUCGUCUUCGUCUUCGUCUUCCUCAUCUUCUUCUUCAUCUUCGUCUUCUUCGUGGAUCCAUCUCCGGUCGGUUCUCUUCGUGGCUAAUGUUUCUCCAUCUUCAGUUACUUCUUCCGAUCGCCGGCGGAAAUCACCGUGGUCUCGCCGGAAAAGGAAAUGGGCUUUGACGCCGCAUCAGUGGAGGAGUCUAUUUACACCGGAAGGAAAACUCCGUGAUGGUGGUGUUGGGUUCCUGAAGAAAGUUAGAAGCAGAGGUGUCGAUCCAAGUAUCCGUGCAGAAGUGUGGCUCUUCUUGCUCGGAGUCUAUGAUUUGAACAGUACUAGUGAAGAAAGGGAAGCUGUUAAAACUCAAAAAAGGAAAGAGUAUGAGAAGUUACAGAGACGGUGUCAGAAGCUUCUCAAGUGUGGCAAUGCCAAUGUAACUACCGAUGAUCUCGAGGAGGAACUUCCUUGUGAGGAAGCAAACGAUCAAUGUGUUCGAUUCAUGGAUGAUUACAAGACAAAUCAAGAUGUUGUCUCUGCUGUGAACACUGAUUCUUCCGACACAGAAGACUCUUGUGAAGACAACGACAAUGAAGAUGUUCAGCUACUUCCGUCUUUUGUAUACAGCGACGAGAAAAAACCAGAGGAGGAGAUUAACAAUAAUACUAAUUCCGAAGAGAAUAGUUGUUCUGCUGAGAUCAAAGCAGAAGUCGCAGUACACGAAGAUUUCUCUACGUGGCAACGUAUCAUUCGUCUUGAUGCGCUACGUGCAAAUUCCGACUGGGCAACGUACUCUCCAUCAUCAACAGUGAUCACAGAAAGCAAAGCUCGCGGUUUAGCUGAGUCUGUAUGUUUAAAAGACUACGAACACUUAGAAAGCUGCAGGCUUUACCACGCUGCUCGUCUCGUUUCCAUUCUCGAAGCCUAUGCUCUCUACGAUCCAGAGAUAGGCUACUGCCAAGGAAUGAGCGACCUUCUGUCGCCGAUCCUCGCCGUGAUCUCGGAGGAUCACGAAGCUUUCUGGUGCUUUGUUGGCUUCAUGAAGAAAGCUCGGCACAACUUCAGGCUCGACGAGGCAGGGAUACAGAGACAGCUGAGCAUCGUGUCGAGGAUCAUCAAGUCCAAAGACUCUCAGCUUUACAAGCACUUGGAGAAUCUCCAAGCGGAGGAUUGUAGCUUCGUUUACAGGAUGGUGCUUGUGAUGUUUAGGAGGGAGCUGAGCUUUGAGCAGACGCUUUGUCUGUGGGAAGUGAUGUGGGCUGAUCAAGCUGCCAUUAGAGCUGGUGUUGGGAAGUCGCCGUGGAGCAGGAUCCGGCAGCUGGCGCCGCCGACGGACGAUCUGUUGCUGUACGCGAUCGCGGCGUUGGUGCUGCGUAGGAAGCUGAUCAUACAGAAGUACAGUAGUAUGGAUGAGAUUGUGGAAGAGUGUAAUAGCAUGGCUGGUCAGCUUGACGUGUGGAAGCUUCUUGAUGAUGCUCAUCACCUUGUUGUGACGUUACAUGACAAGAUCGAAACUCUUUCUUCUCAGUCUCAGAGCAUUUGA